GUGAUCAUGUAGUUUCGCCAUGUUGCAUGUUGUGAAAAUUCAGCACGAGUUUUGACGACAUCGAUACUGUUGUGACUUCCAGGUUCGGUCUCGUGGAAUGUCUCUGCAAUGGCAAGCCAAUCCAAAACUGAGCCUGUAUCACAUCAUGUGAGGUUUGAAUCUCAGAGUCAUGAGGCCUCUUCAGAUGAGCAGCGACUGUUCCUGAAAGUGCUUGAAGACCUUAAAUAUGCUGUCUCAAAACUUGAUGAAGAGAAAUCUGAUUUAGAAAAUGAAGCAGAUAAAGCAAACAGUCAGGAUAGUCAAAAGAGUGGUAUUUCUGUAACAAAACAAGAAUCUCUAGGAUCCAUUGUAAAAUUCAAUUUUGUAAGAUCUGAACCUGAAGAACCAGGCACUACUUCAGUGACCGUCUCACAUAAAACAAAAUCUCUUAUUCUUAAAAAACUUCAAGAAGGUAAUGACAAAUCUCAGAACUGUUUAUCAUCAAAUGCUCAGUCUUCAUCAUGCUCAAUGGUAGAUGAUUUAAACAUUUCGGACCAAAGUAAUCAGAUGCCUGUAAGGUAUGUUAGUGUAUCUAACAUGGCAAAAUUCUUGCCUGUAUCCACGUGUAGUGUAAGUUCAGGAAAUACAGUAGUGGCAAUUAUGGGUGCAAACAACAUUGAGAAGAUUGUUCCAAAUGCAAAAACUGUGUCUUCUGUUACUAGUUUAAAGAAUGUAAAUGAAGCAGGCCAUAAGCAAUUGUCUACCUCAGUUUCGCCCACCAAACCUACAGAACAGUUGUUCCCGUGCAACUUUUGUGACUAUUACAGCAACAACAAAAACUAUCUGAAGCAACAUUUACAUCUAGUUCACAGUAAUGAUCGCCCGUUCAAGUGUCCAUAUUGUGACUAUGCUGGCAAACGUAGUCAUGCCUUGCGUGAACACUUAAUUGUACACACUGAUGAACGGCCUUUCCAGUGUCAAGUGUGUAACGCAACCUUCAGAAAGAAAGGUCACCUGACAAACCAUGUGAAGCUCCAUAACUCGAAACGGCUUGUUAAGUGCCCUCUGUGCAAAGUGCUUGUAUAUGAUUCCGGAGAGAACGGACUUGACGCGCAUUUGAAGAAGGAACAUGACACUGAGCGUCUGUAUGGUUGUGACUUGUGUGACCAUGUGGCAGCAAAUGAACCGGACAUUCUCAAGCAUCUUAAUGAAAAACACAUGUCCAAACUUGUUAUAUACAAAUGUGACAGAUGUCCCUUUCAAUCAGCUGAUUCUGUGGCAUUCAGAGAUCAUGCCAAGUCGCAUAGUUUAUCAGAUAGUCUAAUCCAAAUUAACAAUGGAGGUCCGGUUAAGGUAAUUGGGGUGGCUGCGGUUCCUAAAAGUGAAAAGCUUACUGAUGUGUCAGUUGCGAACAUCAAAUUCUCCAGCAGCAUACAUAAUGGGAGCUCAGGCCAAAGUUUGUCAGCAGUCUCACAGCCUGCCUUGGUGAAACCUCUGUUCAUCAAGUGUUCUGAAUGUGGCUUUGUUGCACAAGACUCUGAAGUAGUGAAAAGACACAUGUUGGAGCAUCUGAAAACACAGUUUGGAGAGGAAUAUGUCCAGCAGAUAAGCAAAAGCUUUACCAAAUCUUCAUCUCAGUCCUCCAACACAGACCUACCAUCGGAAACAUUAACACCCCUACCGAAGGCCCCAAUUCUGGUACCUGUUACCAACAGCAACCAAACAAUGCAUCGAAAUGUUGGUAAUGCUAAGAUUGACAUGAAUUCACCUAUCCUGGUGCCAGUGACAGAUCCAAGCUUACUGAAAACCCUUCAGAAUGCAGCUGUACAGGGGGCGUUGACAACUGUUACGUCGGCUUUGCAGUCGGCCAGCAGACCAGUGGUGUCAACUAUUGUUAAAGCUGCACAAUCCAGUAAAGGAGUUGUUGCAAAGCAGCCAACAUCGACUGAUAGUGAUAAGAUCCACUCUGGUCUCAGGGUGGUCCCAUUUGCUCACAGUGGUGGACCUGUACAGACCAUCACAGCUUUGCCAAUUAGUCUGGACCAAGUGAAACAGGCUCAAUCCAGCGCUAUUAAUGCUAGCAGACAGUUGAACAUUUCUACCACAACAAUAGCACCUUCACAGCCUGGUGGCUCGAGAACAUCAGACUCUACAGUGACAACCAUAGCCUCUAGGGAAGGAUCAGAUGUUGUCCAAGAUGGGUCAGGUUCAAAGAUUGGUGGGUCAACCUUGACCGUUCCAGCCAAACUGCCACCAGAGAACCAGAAAUCCCCACCUCCCAGACUGGUGUUCACUGACUGUGUUAGUUCACCAAGUGCAAAGAACACGUCUCAUGAAGUCGUGUCAGCUAUUGAAUCAAGCGUUCCACAGAAACAAAGUAGUGUCCCUCUUGCAAAAACUCCACAAACCAAAGUACCAGAAAAGAAUGUUGUGUAUUACCUUGACACAACAGACAAAUCUGUGGCAAGUUCAAAUCCUAAUACGGGCUUUAUUCAUGACAGAACUGCUGGAAGGUUCAGAUGCACCCUGUGUGGAUACACUUGCGACUCCCAGAGGACGGUCAAGGCACACAUUUGGAGGCACACAGGGAACAAGAACGUCAACUACCCCAUGUUCCAGAAUGGGCCGCUGAGUGUGUAUGAAGAUGAACAAUUGCCAGUAUGUAAAAAUGCCAGUGGUAUAGAUGAAGUCAGUAGAGCAGUAACUGAGUUGGAGAACUCACAGCAAGCUGAAGGUGCCAGUGAGAAGGGUCCAAAGCAGGUAAACUUCCCAUCUGUGGUUAUUUAUGAGAAGACACCCAGCUUUGUGAGCAAUGUUGCGCCCUUUUUGGCAAAAAUGAUUGCAAAAAAAACCCAGUGUGUUUCAGACAGUGACACAGAGAACAAUGAUACUGAGCAAACUACUGACCAACCCUUCGUGGAGCCAAUGCCUGAGCAAGUGCCCAGCGAUGAAGAUAAAAUAAACUAUACAGUGGUACUGUCAGAUACGAAUGAAAUAGUAUGUGAUGAGGUGGAGGAGGAAGAGGAAAGAAAACUUACAAUUGAUGAGUCAGAGACACUUUCUGGAGCAAUACCUGUUGUACAGAACGUUGUCGUGGAAACUGUGAACAACCUGGAGUCAAGCAGUGACAGCUACACCUGCAUGCAGAGCCAGCAGAACAGCCCCCGUGUGUGCGCUCACUCCCCUGACUCCGGGCUCACUGAGGUCACCAUAGCAACCCACUCUCAGGACAAUUCUUCCUCCAGUGGGGUUUUCUCCAGCAGUGAGCAUGCAGUGGAAAAUGGCAGAAAGAGAUUACACCAGUUUGCAAAUGGCUUUCUAGAUAGCCUUGCACCCAAGAAAGCCAGACUUGAGAGGGAAGAUUCUGCAGUUACGUUGCUGUCCUUGUUAAAGAAGGGCCCCAAUUUCAACCCAGCUUGCCCACAGAACCAGCAAUCAUCUUCUAAACCUCCUUCAGUGAACUAUUCAAAUGCUUCCUCCCCUGGUCACGAGGAUUCAAACAGCUUUGGUGAGUCUGAGGUGGUGGUUGGUAUGAGGAAGCCAGGGAUAUCAACAUCCCUGCUGGCGGUGAUUGAGCAGCUCAGGGAACGCUCCAAGUCUGACCUGGAGGAGGAGAGACCUGUGCAGCCCUUGCCAAAAAAGCAGUACAAACGCAGAAGCAGAAAGAACUCGUUGGAAGACAACUCUCCUGCCUCCGGUAUUGAGAACGUGGAGGAGUUUGUGAAGGCAGGAGAGGUGAAGUACCGUUGUAAGCUGUGCCACUAUACCAGCGAGAGCACGCAGUUCCUGCGCCAGCACAUGAAGCUACACAAGCCUAAGCAGCAGUUUGAGUGUUCCCUGUGCGACCUGAUAGCCGAGUCCAGCGAGGCACUGCAGGAUCACAUGAUACAACACUGCAAGGUGCGCAAGUACCAGUGCAAGCUCUGCACCUCCAUGUUCAACUACAAGAGUCAGUUGCGCGCUCACAUGCGCAUGCAUAAUGACCAGGACAUCAUGAUGUGCGAUUACUGUGACUUUGAGACUCGUAAUUCGGUGACUUACAAGAUGCAUGUGAAGGGUCACAUGUCCAAACCACCCUACAAAUGUAACUUAUGCAAUGCAGAGUUUACCAGUAGUCAGGAAAUGAGAGUUCAUAUUCGUGAAGAUUGUGCUGAUAAGAGUUUUAGCCCAUUUAAGUGUAAUGAAUGUGAGUUUACCAGUUAUGGAAGGAGAGAGCUGAAAAACCACCAAAGAAUUCACAUGGGUAAAGCAAUAGUUCUUGUACCAAAACGAUGCCCAUACUGCGACUAUGUUGAUGGAACAAUAGAGCAAAUAAGGAAACACAUCUCAGAGGUUCAUGGCGAAUCAAAACCGCUGAAGUGCGACAUGUGCGGUUUUGUUGCCGUUUCUAUACGCAGUCUGAAGUCUCACAUGAAACGUCACGUUAACGAUCAGCGCUUUGUGGCCCAGCCCCUGGAGCAAUACAAGUGUAACCUGUGUGGGUAUGUGUGCCACCAUCUGCCCUCCCUCAAGUCACACAUGUGGAGACACGCCCCAGACCUUCAUUACAGCUACGAGUUCACCAAUGACGUAAUCAAUGCAGCUAUAGACUUUGACUGUCUUAAAGGCGUCUCUGACACCAAUGAAGACCACGUGGAGUCCUUUAGAAAUCUCAUCAUGGAGAAGAUGAAGGUGAACGGUCUGGAUCUCACAGGACAAGAUUUAGACGAGAGCGCGAAGGCGUGCUGCUGGGUUACGUUUCGCUGCUGUCAGUGUGGCUUUGAGACCAUCAACAAGGCAGAACUGAACCUGCAUAUGGGUGAGCAUACUGACGUGAUCAAGAUGACGCUGGAGGUGGCAGAUACUGGCGACUCUGGGCGACUGUCCCAGGAGGAGGAGGACUUGGAUGAGUGAACAAUUGGAGUUGUGUUGUCAAGUGUUGUGGCAUUAUCUCUGUUUAGCUAUUUAUUUGUUGUAUAUUUCAACACUGAAAUCUGUGUAUUAUAGAUUACUUAUUGAUUAUACAUGCACCUGUAAUGUACCGCAAAUGUUUUUGUGUCAAACAUGCUGCUGAAAAAUAGUGGUUUUAACUUUAGCUAUGUUAGGAUUAUAAUAUUUUAUUGAUGAUGCCUGUCUUCUUUCAGAAAGCCAUUAAUUAAGCCUUGUUUUUAAUGGCAUAUUAGAUACUUUGUAAAUGAUGGCAUAUUAGAUACUUUGUAAAAUUAUAGUAUAAUGGCAUGAUUUUGUUUUGCUUUUUAAAUAAUUUAGAAAAGAUUUGUUAUCAUUUAUACCUGUAAAAUGUCAAGUUAAGUAUUUUAGCCUACUAUGAAUUUGAGAUUUAAUGGUAACUUACUGAUAUAUUUCUGCAAAAAUCAUUAGGCAGCUGUUUGUGUGCUUGCUCACAGUUUGUUAAUGUUAUCUCUUACAUUAUGUGUUGCUGUAUUUUACUAGCCAUUUACUUUUUAUGAAAAGUUUAAUGUCGAUAUAGAUCUUGGUCUACUUAUUUUCUUAUAUUUUAUAGUGACAUGUAUAACUUUUCAUUCAUCAAUAACGCAUUGCAAAUAGGUACAUGUAAUUUUUUAAGAGGCAGCUUAGACCCAUAUAAGCUUUAUCGUUUAUUUUAAUUGUAUUUGAUCCUAUUGUAUGAUAGCAUUGGCCUCUCUGAAAAUUGUUCUAUUUUGUGAGAAAAAAAGCUGUCAGAAGGAAAACCAGUUUUUCUUGUAUUGCUAUAAUAAACCCUUGUUAAUAAGUUACAUUUAUACCCAUUCAUCAUAAAACUUGCUCAGAACAUUUGUUCUUAUAAUAUCCAGGCAGAGUUCACAAAUUGUUCUUGGAAUUUUAGAAACAUGUCUGCCAGGGGGGGGAGAGUAGUUUUUCCUAUUAAUAUCUAGCCUGAGUUAGCAAAAUAAUUCUGUUUUGACCCUUGGGUCUCAUAUGAGCUCCUUAGCCUCUUGUUUUGCAUGUGUGUGAUUUGAUAUCGGCACCAAUUAGUCACAUAUAUUUUGUAUUGGGUCGUAAACAGUGUGUUAUUAUUUGGCACUUUGUUUGUAAAUACCAGUAGGUUUUAUGUUUAAAAAUGUACAGAACUAUGACAACAAAAUAUUCUCAAUCUCAGAUUUUUACAUAAAACCAAACACUUGUUUAUAACAUACAUGAUGUGUUGCUAAUAAGUAUAACAAAACAAGAUCUUUAAGGUUUCAACGAUGUUUCAUGAAUUUACAGAACAAGAAUCUCAUAUUAUAACAUUUUGGAUACUAGAAUUACUGCUCGAUCUUAAUUUGAAACAACAGAGUGAUUUACCUUUGCAUUCAUGAGUUCAUGAGAGAACAAUGCAUGGAGUCCAAUUUUCACAUGGUCUCUAUUAAGUGGUCUGUAGUAUUUUGUUUAAUAAAUGAACUCUACUAGUUACUUCAUGAUAUCAUUUUUUCAGACAGCUAAUGUAUAGUUCUGAUAUGCCUACAGUUUUAUUUUGUUGCAUAAAUACUGAAAGUAUGCAUGUAUAUAAACCAACACUGUUUUAGUACCUUUUUAGCUCAUCUAUUUUUUGAAAAAAAAUUAUGAGCUAUUGUCAUCACCUUGGCGUCGGCGUCUACUUCGGCGUCGGCGUUGGCGUCCGGUUAAGUUUUGCGUUUAGGUCCACUUUUCUCAGAAAGUAUCAAUGCUAUUGCAUUCAAACUUGGUACACUUACUUACUAUCAUGAGGGGACUGGGCAGGCAAAGUUAGAUAACUCUGGCGUGCAUUUUGACUGAAUUAUGUGCCCUUUUUAUACUUAGAAAAUUGAAAAUUUUGGUUAAGUUUUGCGUUUAGGUCCACUUUUUUCAGAAAGUAUCAAUGCUAUUGCAUUAAAACUUGGUACACUUACUAACUAUCAUGAGGGGACCGGGCAGGCAAAGUUAGAUAACUCUGGCGUGCAUUUUGACAGAAUUAUGUGCCCUUUUUAUACUUAGAAAAUUGAAAAUUUUGGUUAAGUUUUGUGUUUAGGUCCAUUUUAUUCCUUAAGUAUCAAAGCUAUUACUUUCAUACUUGCAACACUUACUAACUAUCAUAAGGGGACUGUGCAGGAAAAGUAAUGUAACUCUGACUGGCAUUUUGACAGAAUUAUGUGCCCUUUUUAUACUUAGAAAAUUGAAAAUUUGGUUAUGUUUUGUGUUUAGGUCCACUUUAUUCCUACAGUAUCAAAGCUAUUGCUUUCAUACUUGCAACACUUAUUAACUAUCGUAAAGAGAUUGUGCAGGCAAAGUUAUGUAACUCUGACUGGCAUUUGGACGGAAUUAUGGGCCCUUUAUACUUAGAAAAUUGAAAGUUUGGUUAAGUUUUGUGUUUUGGUCCACCUUACCCCUAAAGUAUCAUAGAUAUUGCUUUUAUACUUGGAACACUCGCAAACUAUCAUAAGGGUACAGUAAAAGGACAAGUUGCAUAACUCUGGAUGUCAUUUUUACGGAAUUAUGGCCCUUUUUUGACUUAGUAACUUUGAAUAUAUGGUUAAAUUUUGUGUUUGGAUCCACUUUACUUCUUAAGUAUCAAGGCUAUUGCUUUCAAACUUCAAAUACUUUCAUGCUAUCAUGAGGUUACUGUACCUGGCAAGUUGAAUUUUACCUUGACCUUUGAAUGACCUUGACUCUCAAGGUCAAAUUAUUAAAUUUUGCUAAAAUUGCCAUAACUUCUUUAUUUAUGAUUAGAUUUGAUUGAUACUUUGACAAAACUACUCUUACCUGACAUACCACAAUAGACUCCACCCAAACCAUCGCCCG